UGGAGUGUAGUCACGUGGAGACGGUCGAUUCCAGCUCGGUUCUAUCCAAACAGAACGUGAACUGCCGCUGCUAGCUGUCGGUCUCGUUAAUGCGCCGCUCGGUGCCAACCUUCAUGUUGUUUUUUUAGCCACCCGUCCCUUUAAACUCCACUCUUUUAUCGAAGAAUGAGUGAUAACGAUGACAUCGAAGUCGAUAGUGACGAAGAAUCACCGAGAUAUCACUCUGUGGCAGACAAACGGGCGCACCACAAUGCACUGGAGCGCAAGCGCAGGGACCACAUCAAAGACAGCUUCCACAGCCUCCGCGACUCGGUGCCCGCCCUGCAGGGAGAAAAGGUUGGUAACGCUCAGCCUCAGUCUACCAAACAGGCGUCUCGAGCUCAAAUCCUAGACAAAGCCACAGAAUACAUCCAGUACAUGCGGCGGAAAAACCACACGCACCAGCAGGACAUCGACGACCUCAAGAGGCAGAACGCUCUGCUGGAGCAGCAAGUGCGGGCGCUGGAGAAGGUGAAGGGCUCGGCGCAGCUGCAGGCCAGCUACUCGUCCUCAGACAGCAGCCUGUACACCAACCCCAAAGGCAGCGCCGUGUCCGCCUUCGACGGGGGGUCCGACUCCAGCUCCGAGUUUGACAUAGAUAUUGAAUGUUAA